GGGUGUGGUUUAAAAACAGGGAGUGGUCAAAACUGGCUUCCAUUAUCAGCCCUCCACUAUGUAGGCCGGAAAAAUUUCCACCCUGGGUACCACAGAAGUUGGACAGCACUGGUAUAGGGGAAUGUAGCACAGUAUUGUAAGUAACAUGCGACUUGAGGCAGGACUACAGAGUGAUUUGUGUUUUCUUUUCUAUUCUUAAGGUUCUAUGCUUCAGAAAUAGUGGUAGGCAUAAAGUUCCUGCACAAGAAUGGGAUCGUUCAUAGAGACCUCAAGCCGGAGAACAUAUUGGUGGAUGACCAGGGCCACAUAAAGAUCUGUGAUUUUGGCCUUGUCUGCACCCGUAUGUAUGGAGAGAAGACGCGGUGUGGCUAUUAUGGAACACCAGGCUACACAGCACCACAGGUUUUAUCAGAGGAGGAUUACGACGCUGGAGCUGACUGGUGGUCAUUCGGCGUCAUCUUGUAUGAAAUGGCCACCGGUAAAUUACCGUUCUCGCCAAAGGGAACCCUGGAACAACAGGCAGAAACUAUUAUCAACGGAGAGCCUGAGUAUCCAGAUUCCCUUUCUGCCACCCUGCGGGACCUCAUAGAGCAGCUCUUGAAGAAGGAGGCCGACCAACGCCUUGGGGUGAAUGGCAACAUCCGGCAUCACCCUUUCUUUUCCACUCUCAAAUGGAAGAGAGUGAAGAAGAGAAAACUGGAGUCUCCCAUAAUACCUAAACCAGCCAAGGGACUCAUCAAAAAAGUCAUCUCGUUCCCGAAAGAGAACCCGAGUGAGACCCGCAUGCUCAAGAGGUUCAAUUACGUGGACCCGAGCUGGCUGGAAUAAGGCGUCUGUUCCAUUCGCGAGAUUCAUCCCAUCAAAAGAGCUGUGCAACAUACAACCGUGACACCAGUAGCACCUCCACCGCUUCAUCCUGCAACAUCGGGUAAUGUAUAAUGGCAACAAGCAAGGUGAGCAAAUACUGUAAUUACCAUCUUACUGUCCAGCUCUACCUUAUAAUUUCAACACCCAAAGAGGAUCAUCUCUCCGAAAUACACCAUCUUGCAGGUUAUUAGCACUGUGGCCGACAUCACAGUAGAAAGCACUUACAGCUGCAUUUAUUAUCCAUAAGUGCUUUCUGUGCCAUUACCAACUUAUGCAGCUUUGUUUUUUAUGUUUAAAGUUUUGUACUUUUUAAGUUAAAAAAAAAACAAAAAAUAAAUC